CGGAAGUCCAACCCGGUGCGAGGCUUGAGGCGCAUCACCGUGUGACGUCAGCACGCCAGGCCUGGCUUGUGUACCGCUACGGGCUGAGUGGAGAGACGUAUAGGAACUGGGAGAGCUUGAGCGGGGCAGGAAGAUGAGUCAGAAAUCGGAGCGCCGAGCCAUCCACGUGGACCAGUCAGAAUUACUCUGUAAAAAAGGAUGUGGCUACUAUGGAAACCCAGCCUGGCAAGGGUUCUGCUCAAAGUGCUGGCGGGAGGAGUACCAGAAGGCACGACAGAAACAAAUCCAGGAGGACUGGGAGCUUGCAGAACGCUUGCAGAGGGAAGAAGAGGAAGCUUACGCCAGCAGCCAAGGAGCGCAGGGAGGUCAAACAUCUCUUGGCUUUACCAAAUUUGAAGAAAAGAAAUCCAAUGAAAAGACAAGAAAAGUGACAACGGUGAAGAAAUUCUUUACAGCCUCAUCCAAAAGUGUACAGAAGAAAGACACUGAAGAAAAGUUUGGUAAGCCGGUGCAGGCAGACGGCAGGGAGCGCAGUGCUGAUAUUCUCAGGGACCUGAAGGGUCUCUUUCUCCCUCCCUGGGAGCUGGCCUCUCCUGCUGAAGAUAUGAAAGAAGCCAAAGCCCCCAGCCCUUCUCUUACGCGCCAGUUCAGCCUGGAGACUGAUCGGGUGUCUAAAGAUUUUAUAGAGUUUUUAAAGACGUAUCAUAAAGCAGGACAUGAUGUCUACAAACAGUGCAAAGUCUUCUUGGAAGCCGUACACCACAAGAAGGAGUCAAACAUUGAUGAGUUGUCAGAGUUCACUCAGGACUUUUACCAGAACACAGCGGACAAGCUGCAGAUGUAUUGGAAAGUGCCCCCUAUUAAAGUGGAGGAAGCCAUGGAUCAGAUAGAGAAGUUCAUCAUGACUCGCCUCUACAAGCAUGUAUUUUGUCCCGAGACUACUGAUGAUGAGAAGAAAGACCUAACUGUGCAAAAGAGAAUCCGGGCUCUACAUUGGGUAACACUACAGAUGCUCUGUGUUCCUGUAAAUGAGGAUAUUCCAGAAGUCUCAGAUAUGGUGGUAAAGGCAAUAACAGAUAUCAUAGAAAUGGACUCAAAGCGGAUUCCUCGUGAUAAGCUUGCAUGUAUCACUGGGUGCAGUAAACAAAUCUUUAAUGCGAUUAGGACCACGAAAAAUGAACCUGCGUCUGCAGAUGACUUCCUCCCCACACUGAUCUACAUUGUACUUAAAGCAAAUCCGCCACGUCUGCAGUCUAACAUCCAGUACAUCACCAGAUUCUGUAAUCCAAGCCGACUGAUGACUGGUGAGGAUGGGUACUAUUUCACUAACUUGUGCUGCGCUAUAGCCUUCAUUGAGAAGCUGGAUGCCCAGUCUCUUAACCUCAGCGAGGAAGAGUUCAGCAGGUACAUGUCUGGCCAGGCGUCUCCGAAAAAACAAGACUCUGAUAUCUGGGAUGCGGAUACGUGCCCAGGAGUGAAACAGAUGCACAGGAACCUAGAACUGCUCUCCCAGCUGUCAGAGAGGCAAGAACGCAUUGUGACAGAAGCCAAGAAGUUAGAGAAGGACUUGAUUGAUUGGACGGAAGAUGUAACCCGUGAAGUCCAGGAUAUUGUGGAAAAAUACCCGUUAUACAUAAAGACUAACAGCCAGGCUCUGGCCUCUAUUGAUUCUGAGAACGUGGAGGACGACCGUCUGCCCCCACCACUGCAGCCACAGGUCUAUGCAGGAUAAUCAUCAUCAUUAUUACUCACUGAACUUCUUUUUACCUUGAUUUAUGGGGCAGCUCUGGGUCAGCUUAUUGUGGACUUGAAAGGUCAAAGAUUAUGAAAUGAAGUUCAUAUUUUGGCCCAAGGUUUACUCAGACUUUCAGUGUAAUCUAUUUAUUAUCUUGAGACAUCAGGGCAAUCGUGAGUCUCUUGUAUUUUUCACAAGGACGGAUCUACCAACCACUAAAUUGACGUUUAAACCCUAAACAGUCCUCUGUAUCUUCUCUGCCUUUUUGGAGGUAACAUCUUGAGAGUCUUGCUGCCGUCUCCUUCAUAUGUUUGGAACAAGGUUAUUAUUUUGCCUUUUCGUGGCUGCUUGUCCAAAGGCUAUUUUGUCAUCUGCCCCCAUCUCUGCUACCCUCCCCACCUGAUUUUACAGUGUUCCACCAUGGACUUUUUGACCUCUUGGGUAUUACACCAGCGUACCCCCGUGGAGAACAUUGAUGGGGGUUAUGCCGCUGGUUACACUAGGAGAAUAAAAAUCUAGGUAUAAUUUUUGUCAAACUUAGUAAGUAAAAUACAUUUUCCACCCGUCUAAAUCCGUAUUGCAGUGGGCUCAGCUCCGCAUCAUAGUAUUUUAUAGAUUAUUAUUCAUAUCCGAUAUAUACUUUGCACCUUUUAAGAUAAUUCUGUCAUCCUGAUCCUUUAAACGGUCACUAACUUUUUAAAAAGCUUUUGAUAUGUCAUAGAAACAUAUCAGAAGUUUAGAUGGUGCCUGAGCACUGAGACACCCACCGAUCCCUAGAAUGGGGGGGUGCACAUAUUGUGCUCUCUCUCCUCAUCGCUGAGGACGGAGUUGAGAUGGGCCCAUAGAAUUCUAUGGAGCUUGUCUCAUGCAGCGGCGAGAGUGCGCAAUAUGUGCACUCUUCUCUUCACCCAUUCUAGGGACUGGGGGACUGUUGGGGGUCUCAGGGCUCAGACUCUGACUUCUCUCUCUGACAUAUCAAAAGUUUUUUUGAAAAGUUAAUGACCCUUUAAAGCCUCUUUCUUGCUAUUCCUCCACACAAUUAUAAGCUGAAGAUAUAUGCUGUUUAGGAGCAGGGAUUUUGGGGUUUUAGACUAAAUUUGCACAUGGCAGAUGUAGACAUAAUACUCAAAGUAUUGAAAAGAUUUUUUUUUUUAAACAUUCCAGUGCUUAUUAUUUUACAGAGAACGUGUUCGGUAUAACUAGUAAUACGGACUACUAACCUUAGGUAGUCUUGUGCAUUUAAUUCUGUGUAUACCCAAUGUCUUUCCCAGAGAAGAGACAUCCACCUAAACUUGAGUGUAACCUAAAGGGUCCUUUCCUAUUGUGAGAUCCAUGGGUUUCUUUUUGUAGACCGCUCCUGCAGCCACCUUGUAUGCCCAGGUCCCAUGCAGUGGUUGUCAUGACCUGCCUGGGAACAUGUAUAGGAAACAACUCAUUGUGCUUAUGCAGGGAUAACUGUUAUUUCCUAUACAUGUUCACAAGAAGGACAGGGCAACGGCGGCUUGGGACCUGAGUUUAUAGCCAGAAUGCAGGAAUCUUCUGCUUGGACAGUAGGUGCCAUGUUGGAGAGGGCACCUUCAUUGCAUGCAAAAGCCAGAUUUUUGGCUUUUUACCUGGGGUGUCACAAAAAGAAAACUUUCCUUCUUUAAUAUGCUCAAUCGCAACAGUGCACGCUGCCAUUUUACUAGCUGCAAUACAUGGAGACUGCUAAAGAGGCAGUCCCUUUAUAUGCAGUAUGUGUUGUGUGGGUUGUCUGUGCCCCUAAACAAGUUUGAAACUAUUGCUGUUUAGAAAAAUAAAACACAAUGCUCGCCUUAUCGAUCUGCCAUUGCUUCUACAUUAAAACCACCUGGUUCUCUGCUUUCUGGUCCUUUGAUGACAUCUUGAUACAGAGGCAUGUGACCGCUGCAGCCAGUCACUGGUUCAUUGGUGACCAGAUACAGCUGGUGAUUGGCUGUAGCAGUCACAUGCCUCUUUGUUGGAACGUCAUUGCUGGACGAGGAAGCAGAGAGCGGUGGAGAACCAGGCAGCGCUGGUACAGGAGCACCAAGGAUCUGUGUUUUUUGUCCAGAAACCCACUUUAGGGUCUUAAAGCCUCUGUGUAGAAACUUACUGGCACAAAUCUGGUACCUAAAGUGAAGGUUGACCUUUGGUUGAGCAGUGAGGUAAUAUUUAUGACCUAGGUCAUCAAUAUCAGAUCGGCAGGGGGCUGACUCCCAGCACCCCCUGCCGACUAGCUGUUUGGGGUCACGGCGCUUGUGGGAGUGCUACUUCCUCUUCAAAGUUUACCUGCGCGCCUUUGUAGUGGCCAUGAAUGGAACGGAGCAGUUGUAAUUACACUGCUCCACCACUGCAAAGCAGUCGACGCUCAGGUAAAGUUUAAAGAGGAAGCAGCAGCGCCAGACCCCUUCCAACAGCUGAUUGGCAGGGGGGUCAGAUCUGAUAUUGAUGACCUACCCUGAGGAUAAGUCACCAGUAUUACUGCACUCCACAACCCCUUUAACCAAAGACUAGAUUCCUCUGGCUGCUGUCCCCGUCAGCAGCCUAGUGACUGUGUUCUGAGCUGUGUUCGACGAUCACGACAACCCCAUUCCUCUCACCACUGAGAACUUGAUAAAUCCUUGAAGGGCUGCUGUGGGAAAUUUUAUUUCUUCUCACGUGUUCGUCCCCAAUUGGUCAAAACAUUCCCAGUUCCAGAUGAAUUUUGUUAGUGUUAUAUGAGGGAAUUACGGUAUCGGAAAUAUUUAGUUAGUUUAAAAAUGGCUUUGUCCAUUAUAUAUUUAUUUUUCUAUAGGUUGUACAGGAGCUCCAUGGACUUGUUCCUUGAGGGUACGUAUGUUCUGUUCCCAUGACCCCAGUACUGAGACUGGUGGAGGAGCAGCACUGAUCAGUUAGGCUUUAACCCCUGACUCCAGUAGGUACUGCAGAUCAUUUUAUUUAGUGAUCUCAUCAUUUGGAUUGAUUCCGUAUAUUUAUCCAUUCGGUUGUUUCAUCUACCAAACCUCCAGCGUGUUGCUACCUUCUUAUGCUGUAGUAAUGUAAUGAGAAUUAUAUAAGGAGAUGCUUUAGAAAUUGGACACAUGUAAAUACCGGAAGCAAGCAGUUUAGGGUUGAUACCUUUCUGUGGAUUCGCCAAGCAAGCAAUAUAACAUGUAAGCAAGAAGUGAUUGUUGUCAUGUCGGAAGUUAAUGUCAGAUCCCUAAUAAAUCAAGAAGGCUCAA